AUGGCACCGUUGUCGUAUACACCCACAACACAUUUUGAUGCACGUCUACACAAACUUGAUACAGUGGCACAAGUUUACUUGUCCAAAUGUAACCUUUCUAAUUUACUAGAUCUUAUUCCCGUUGAGUCUACUGGUAAUGGAAAUUGUUUGUACAAUUCUAUUCUAACAUUAGUGCAGUCCCCAUCUGAGAUUACAGCCGAAGAAUUGAGAGUUCGUGCUAUCGUUGAAUUAGCAAUGAAUUACAAUUAUUACAACAUUAAAUAUGAAAGAAUUGUUGGUCCGUUAAAUUUACGUAUCAAAGCAAUGUGCAAGAAUUAUGAAUUUUCUGAACUGUUCGAAAUCGAUG